AUGACGACGUUAGACGAGCAACGACUCCAGGCAGGAUUCGACAAGUACCCCAAGCCUGACUUCCAUUUCGCAUAUGGCACUGCUGGAUUUCGUGCGCGUGCAGACAUACUCGGGAAUGUGUGCUUCCGCAUGGGCGUCAUAGCUGCUUUGCGCAGUGUGUCUCUGCACGGUCGUGCUGUGGGUCUUAUGAUCACUGCGAGUCACAAUCCCGAGCAAGAUAACGGUAUCAAAAUGGUAGAUGCAGAAGGCGAAAUGCUGGCUGCGGAGUGGGAGCCCAUUUGCACGCGUAUCGUCAAUGCUGAGUCCGUCGACCUCUUGCAGCAGGAGAUUCAUCAUGCGGUGGAGUCCAUGCAAAUCGAUCUGAAGGCGUCAUCACCCCACGUUAUAUGCGGCUACGACACGCGCCCAUCGGCUUUGGCGCUGACGAAGGCCGCCGAAGACGGCCUCCAUGUCCUGGGCGCUCAUAUCUUUAAUGCUGGCCUCGUUACCACGCCACAGCUGCAUUUUUUGGUGAUGGAAAGCAACAUGAAAAACCUGGAACUCCCACUACAUGCGCCUCCCACUGUGGAUAUGUAUUACGAAAGGCUUGCUUCAUCCUUUGUGAAAUUUCUAGCGGGGACACCUUUUCCUGUGCCCAUUGUCAUCGACUGUGCGAAUGGCGUCGGCGCGCAUGCGAUUCAAAACCUGACCAAGAUACUUCCCGAAGGCCUGGUGGAUAUCACGCUGCUGCGUACGUCUAUGCAUGAGCAGGGCAAGCUCAACCAUGCUUGCGGUGCUGACUUUGUCAAAUCUAAGCAGUGCUUGCCAGCUGGCUACGAGAAUGAGCCAACCGUGCAGCCGGGCUCGCUGUUGUGUUCUUUCGACGGUGAUGCCGAUCGUAUUGUAUUCUACUACGUGACGGGCCCUGUUCGUGAUCCUGCCAGCUUCCACUUGCUCGACGGUGACAAGAUCGCAACGCUGGCUACAGAUUUUAUCUCUGAGCUAGUCCGCGAGGCGCGUCUCGACAUCACGGUGGGAUGUGUGCAAACGGCGUAUGCCAACGGUGCCUCAACCGCCUACCUGACUCAGCAACAUGUGCCGGUGACGUGCACAAAGACAGGUGUCAAGCACUUGCAUCAUGCGGCCAAAGAAUACGACAUCGGUGUGUAUUUUGAAGCCAACGGCCACGGCACUGUUCUAUUCUCGCCUCGUGCUAUGGUGGCUAUGGGUCUGACAAGCUCAUCGAAUGAGGCAUCUCCCUCGUCCACCGAAGCCCUUGAUCGUCUGCGUCUUCUGACCGUCCUGAUCAAUCAGACUGUGGGCGAUGCACUGUCAGAUAUGCUCUUGGUUCUCGUCAUCCUUGCGGCCCGCCGAUGGGGGGCGGCAGAGUGGGACAACUGUUACUCUGACCUGCCCAACCGCCUAACGAAAGUAUCGGUGCCUGACCGCACUUUGUUCACUACGACAGAUGCCGAGCGUCGUUUGUCCACGCCAGUAGGGCUCCAGGACAAGAUUGACGAGCUUGUACAAAAAACGCCUCAGGGCCGCUCGUUCGUUCGCCCAAGCGGCACAGAAGACUGUGUGCGUGUCUACGCGGAAGCGGAGACGUCGGAGGAUGCCGAGCGACUCGCGCAGGCUGUCGAACAUCUCGUGAAGACGGCCGCUUGA